AUCAAAUCAAUCGAACCCUAACUCUAGUGUGCAUUUUUGAGAUCUUUUGGGUAUCGUGCCACUCUCCACAACUUUGGAGGACGAGGGUUGUUCAUCACGACCGCGGCAACAACCUUCAGCCAUGGAGUCCACGAACGGCAGCAACAACAACAUCGUUGGGAGUAGCGUUCCUGCCGCAUCUGAAUCUGGGUCUGGAUCUGGAGCGAGUGCUCUUCUUUCUUCUGGCCUGACAAAGUUCCGUGAUGGCCGAAGAAAUAGUCAGCUUUUUGGAUCGCAGAUUUCUUUUGAAUUGCAUGGAAAUCCCUCAGGUUGUGAAUCACUUUGACUUGACAAACUACUACUGCCAGCGACAUGAAAACAACAUGGAGUGUCAAAUGGCUCUGCGAGAAGAGCGUCGAAAGGAAAACCCCUGGAUGAAAAACUAUGACAACAAGGACGACAGUGACAACAGCAAUGACCACCCCAACAUAAAGCACAAAAAGAUUGAGUGCGCAGAAUGUGUCGAUAUUGAGUACGAUCCAUGCUGUUGGCGGUGCGAUUGUUGCGACAAAUUUGUGCACGCGGACUACGAGGAGACAUGCCAAAAGCCUGAGUGCCGCAAAAUUGCAUGCUAUUCCUGCAUUGACAAGGAUCGUGAUGUGAUGGCAUUUUGCCAGAAUGAGGGCUGCUUUGUGCGCGUUUGCAAGUACUGGUAUUGUGAACCACUCAAUUCCUGUCCCCACUGUAAGGACCGCUUCUGUGAUAUGUGCCUCAAUCUCGUCAACUGCUCGGAAUGUGGUCUGUGUAUUGGAUGUUUGGCUGGAUGUGACCAAUCCUACCUUUGCACUGAAGAUUUGGACUGUUGGUGCCGAUGCUGAAAAGUUCAUUGUGAGGAUUGCCGUACGCGUUCCUGCUUGGGAUCUUGCGCUGAUUGCAAAGAGUGGCGCUGCAAGGACUGUGAACCACUCAAUGUCUGCCAGUGUUGUUUUGAUGCUUUCUGCGUCACAUGCCGAAAGAACGAGAUCUGCGUAGACUGCUCUACUUUUAUGUGUGAGCGCUGCACGGAACGCUGCGCAUGCGGGAAGGUUCAUCGGGACGAUUGCUCUUGUUGGGUGUGAACCAAUGUGAACCAAACAAUUCUGCAAAGAAAAAGAACGACAAUAUGCGGCACCAGGAGAGCUCUCAGAGGUGGGUCGAUUGUUCAGAACGAUUCGAUUCAUACCACAAACAGGGUGGGCUUCUUGGAUUGGUUGUUUGGUGCAUGCUGUUUUCUGGACCAGCAGCAUGCACCAUGCACAAGGAGAUUGGACACACAAGGAUUUUUACUAGACUAUAAUCUCUCUAGCGUCACAAUUUAGAGACUG